AUGAGGUUGACAAACAAAGGUUGGUCGAGUAACAAAGGCAGUCCAGAGAGAAUAAUCAUUAAAGCUGUCCAAACCUUCAAAACGCAAUGGUUUCGGAAAGCAGGUUCUGGUGUGGCACAACGCACUAAUAGGAGAACUUCUUUUACGGGGCGUUUGCCUCCUCCCACCUAUCACCCUUCCGAAUAUGCUUCACGCAGUUGGUCAUACCAAGUUACUGAAAAUUUACUCAAAGAACGAGGAUAUGGGACCGGCGCUGGUUCUUCCGCGAGACCACCCGCUUCCAGCGCCGAGGCUGCUGGCGACCUCAAGUCAACAGAAGUUGCACCACCGCCAGUUAAGGCUCUAACGAUAAAAGCGGAUGAUACGAGAACGAAAAGUAGAUCCAUUCAGAAUUCUUCCACAUUAGACAAAUCUAAAAUAACUUCCACUCGCCCUUCGAUACUUCCCAAUGAUUCAGAUAAAUCGCUUCAGAAAUAUCAAAUACCCGCGUCCAUACUGGAUAAAGGGAAAAGUAUAGAAUUAAGUGUGAUACAGAUGGAUUCCGAUGACAAAAGACAAUCCCAGGCUUCAUCAGGUUCGGGCUCAUUGCCCUCGUGGGCGUAUGAAUAUUAUUCGCACAAUCAACAACAACAAUUCGACAAAGAUCCUGAAGACCCCGAUAUAAUAUUACCGGAGGCUUCAACCUCUGCAGCUGCUGGUGGUUCUGGAUCGCCUAAUGACAAUAAUAACAAUGAAAAGAACAAUAGAGACGGCAGUAGUAAUCUGUCUUCAAGUCAACCAAAAAGUAGUCAAUCGUCAAAACCCAAAAGGAACACUGGAAAGGGCAAAUUACCAUACAGAGAUUCGUCAUGGAGAGAAACCAGAAAGAACUAUCUUGCAAACUUACCUCCACCAAAACCACGUAUCAGACCUCCACCCGAACCAUUCGUAAUAUGUCCGUAUGGGUCGGUAUUAUUCGUGCUGGGCUUCAUAUUGCCACCUCUCUGGUGGUUUGGCUCUUUCUUUCCUAGACACUCGAAAGGCAUGACAGACUACCGAUGGAAAAGAUAUAAUCGACUGAUGUCUGUAUUCUCGCUUUUUCUGAUUGCUGUGAUACUGGGAUUAGCCAUUUGGUAUUUAAAGUAUGGCGGAUGA